AUGUCGGUCAUCCUCUUUAAAGACACCGUCUGCGGCCAUCCUACCACCAAUGCCCCCACGCCCCUCGCCCUGAAUACCUGCUUUAACCCAGUAGCCGGCCAGCCCUCCUUCACGGUUGCGACGCUACCGCUCUGCGCCAACCGCGCGACGCCGCUACUUCUCGUCUCCCCCGAGCAGAACUGCCAGUUUCCCAAGGAAACAUUCGUGUCGAGCGGAGUCGUUGCGGUCAAGAACACCGCUGCUUGUCAUAACUUGAGAGGCCGGGAGAUCGGUAGUAUGGAAUUCAUUUGCCCGCUGUAA